AUGGAAGAUCCUAAUUUAAUGGACAAAGAUCCACUUGCAAAUAAAAACAAAGAUUUUAUAUGUUCAGCACAAGAUGCAAUAGGAUUGUAUUUUGUUUCUAAUAAAGAAGAAGUAGAAAAAACACUCAAAGACAAAUAUUUAGAGAAUGCAGUUGAUUAUCCUGAUUAUGUUCACCAAUUAUUUAUGGGAGAUUGUGAAAUAUAUGGAUAUAAAGAUUUAAAAGUUCACGUUUUGAUUAGUGUCUAUUCACAUCAAAUGUAUGUUGAUUUUUCAUAUUCACAAAAGAUCGAUGAUGCAGAAGAUGUAGUAAAAUGUCUUCAUAAAUUUAUGCCAAAAAACCAAAGAAUUUUAUCAUUAGAAGGUUUUAUUGAACAAUUAGAAAAAGAAAAGUAUGGGUUUAAACCUUGUGGAAAGAAGUUAUAUGAAUUUGAACAAAAUGGAGAAGUUUAUGAAAUUUAUUAUGGAGAUGUUAAUAAUAUGUAUGAGUAUUAUUGUCAAUUAUUUCCUGUUAUUACAAUGUAUAUUGAACGAGCGAAUUGUGUUAAUCCAGAAGGAAAAUGGGAAUUUUUUAAUUUGUUUCAAGUCAUUGAAAAUCCAUCAAAUAUAAGUCAAACUGAAUAUAGGAUAGCUGCACAAACGAAUACAUAUAGAUUUUAUCAUUACCCAGAUUCAUGGAGAUUACGUAUUGGACAAUUUAUAACAUUUCCUAAUUACCAAAGAAAAAAAUUAGGAAGAUAUUUAUUAAAACAAGUAUAUUCAUUUAUUUUAUCUGAUAAAGAUUUUGAUUUAACUGUUGAAGAUGCAUGUUUAGAGUUUCAAAAAUUAAGAACAUUUGUAGAACUUAAAAUGAUGGAAGAACAACAAUUAAAAUUACCUAUUGAUAUUCAUUCAGAUACAUUAAGUGAAUGUCCAGAAGAUUUUUGUGAGAUAGUUAGAAAAAAAUGUGGAAUAACAAAAAUGGAAAUAAUGUCAUUAUAUGAAAUGAUGGUAUGGGCAGAAUUAAAAAAUAAUAAUGAAGUAAUGCCUAAGUUAGCAUUAGAGUUAAAAAGAAAGUAUUAUUCACAAACUAAAACAGAACUUGAAUUACUAGAAAAUGAUGAAAUGAGAUUAGAAAUGAUUGAAAGAGCAUAUAAAGCAAAAAUUGCUCAUUUUAAACAAAUUUACAAUAUUUUAGAAUAA